AUGAAGCAAACAAAUCACGAAGCCACUUCGAGUCAAGAAUCUAACUACGUUCGAACUGACGCCCACGCAAAAUCUCGUUCCUUGAACGGCAUCCUGAAAACCACCAUCGAACACUUGAGAUUGUGCAAAACCCUUGAAUUUCCAUCAAGAGAAAUAAUACCCGGUUCUCUCGACGAACGCACCGAGACGGCCGUACAUCUCGCGGCGAGAGAUCACUUCUCGAGCCUCGCGAUGGACUACGUGAUCAUGGCGCCCCAGAUCGAUUCGCUGUUCCAGUACUACGGCAAUGUGAAUUACAUAUCGCCGGUGGACGGCUUGUCGCAUUUUCACGUGGCCUGUCAAGUCGGCAACCUCGAGAUGGUGCGCGAAUUCGUCGACAACGGCGUCGACGUCGAUCUCGCCUGUCGCAACUUGCCGCGGACUCCGCUGAACACGACGGUUUACUUGGACCAGGCCGAGGGCGAGGACGAUCGCGUCUCGAUUCUCGAGCUGCUGCUUCGGAAAGGCGCCAGUCCCAACGAACUUUUCGAAGACGGCAAGAGCCCUCUGCACUGUCUCUGCUACACGUUUUUGGAGAGCGAAGGGUCCGCUCGAGACGACAAAUUGAAAAUGAUCGAGCUGCUUUUGCGCUACGAGUGCGACGUCAACACGACGGACAUGUUUUGCUCCAGUCCGAUAUUUUCGUUAUUUCGCGAUUUCACCACCAAGGACGCCGAUCAAGUGAAAUUGCUCGAGAUUUUACUUGACCACGGUGCCGAUCUCAAAGCCGUCGAUAGCUCGGGACACACCAUACUGCAUCGGAUCAUUCGACCGAAUCUACCCGAGUACUGUGAGGUUGACAACUAUGAGAAACUUUUCAACGACGACAUCGGCGCAGAGGUGGUGGCGUUGCUUUUGAAACACGGAAUCGACGUCAAUGUUAAAGACAUAAUGGGCCGCACUCCUUUGCAAAUUGGCGUAAGCAAGAGGAGAAGAAGGUUUCGAGAUGACCCGAAACCUUCUUGA